AAAGUUAUGCAGGAGGCGACUUGUUAUAGUGGGCGUGGUUUGAGUACAGUCUUCAACAACUCCUUCUGUGACCGGUUUGCUUAUGAAGGGGAGGGACUCAUGAAUGCUGUUUGGGGCGUUUUAGUAGGUGUGGAUCAUGAAUAUUAAUCAGCCUCUCCCCCAGCGCCAAUUCCCGGUGAGCGGUGAUGUCACGAGAGCGGUGGGUGUUCAUUCCAGUUGACUCUUGCCGCGCCGCGCUUGGAUGCUUCCUUGCUGGCAGCCUACAGAAAGGCAGGGAGAGAGUGAGUGAAGGUGAACGACAAAAAUAACGACAGAGAAAGAGGGAGGGAGAGAGAGCGACUAAGUGGGAGAGGAAAAACAAGGGACAUCAACAUCUAUACUACUCUCAUGUUGUUGGAUAUUAUUUGACGAAGCCUUUACCCCCUCAUAUCACCCCCCCCCCUCCACACACAUUCACUUAUUUGAGUUUUGGGACUUUACGUAGGACUACACCUUCAAUGCUGUCCGUUAUAUUCUAGGCAUUGCUCCAUAAUCCAUUUCAGUUGUUAACAUUUUUGGGGGAAUAUUUUUGUCCAGGUCAAGAAGAAAAUCAACUCGGUGUGAUGCCUAUUAUCCUCAAAUAAACGGACAUCAUCAUCAAGCAAGGCAUUUUUCGUCUGAGCGCUGAAGUCCAACUUUGUUUAUCUCAUAGAUAGAGGCUGGGAUAAGAGAUUUACUCUUAAAGGGCCCAUUGCAUCUGGCAAGAUUAUUGAAUCGAACACUUUUAUUUUACCAUGGACAAUUCUUUGAGGACAUCAUUUUCACUUUUGAUUUUUUCAUGGAAAGUUGGAAGAGCAACUAUAGUUUAUAUUUGUCAUGUCGAAUUUCACUAUUAUUCUCUAGCACUUUCUUAAUUCAUAUUUAGAUUGGCUACCAUUCGGUGUUCGAAUGAGGUAAAUAACAGUUGGUCUAGCAGUGUGUAUUCAGCUGCCCACCUGUCCACCUUUUUAAUCAUCACGUCACUGUGUUGUGAACCCGCUGACAGCCAGUCAAUCAUUUGUGGAUUAAUCGGAUAUAUUCCGCCUUCAUUCCACCGUGGGAAUCAACGGCGUACCAAUGUCUAGGCCGCUCACACAGCUCCUACCGCCUGACCUCCUGGCCGGAGCGAGGCCACAGUUCGGUACGGGUAACCUCGCGGGCAGUGUCCCGACCGGCGGACACUUGAACUCCAUGGCCAGCCUCAAGACUCUUCUACAGCUGCCCAUCAAGGCUGACCAGCGAGCGAAAGACUGCUGUGCAAUGAAAGACAAAGACAAGCCCCAGGACUCAGAAGAGGACUCCAUGGGUGGAGGCCCAGGCGGCCGGCCUUCCCAGUCGGCCUUCCUGGGGCCCCAUCUGUGGGAGCGCACGCUGCCCUGCAGCGACGGUGGCCUCUUCCAGCUGCAGUACAUGGACCUGGAGGAGUUUCUGACUGAGAACGGCAUGGCCAUGCACAGCAAAGGUGGCAACGGCUCCAGCGCCAGCGCCCAGGUGCCCUCGCAGAGCUCCCUGCAGUCGGCCGUGCCCAACCAGAGCUCCCAGUGCCCGCCGUCCUCCCCUCCGCCAUGUUCUUCUUCAUCAUCCUCCAUGUCCUCCUCAUCUUCCUCCUCCUCGCUGCUGGGCCUGGACAAUGUGCCGCCACCACCAAACGGACUGCCAGGCAUGAUGGGAGGGCCCGAAUGCCUACAUGGUGGCCAGGUCAUGCCUCCUGACCUCUCGCCCUCCUCCACCACCUCCUCCUCCUGUCUCCCCGGGCCGCCAGGAGGCCCACUGGUCACCAACGGCACCGCUGACGUCAUGGUGAACUUUGACCCGGACCCGGCGGACGUGGCGCUGUCCAGCGUGCCGGGCCAGGAGGUCUUCGACCCCAGGAGGCACCGCUUCUCGGACGAGGAGCUCAAGCCACAGCCCAUGAUUAAGAAGGCCCGUAAGAUGCUGGUGCCAGAUGAGCAGAAGGACGACAAGUACUGGAGCCGGCGCUACAAGAACAACGAGGCGGCCAAACGCUCACGUGACGCCCGGCGCCUCAAGGAGAACCAGAUCACGGUGCGUGCUGCCUUCCUGGAGCGAGAGAACGCUGCUCUCAGACAGGAAGUGGCCGACAUGCGCAAGGAGCUGGGCCGCUGCCGCAACAUCCUCAACAAGUUUGAGAGCCGACACGGAGACUUGUGAGGAAGAAGAAGAAGAGGAGGGAGGAGAGGGUGAGAAGGCACUUUAGUUGAGGCGGUGCGCGUACGGCCUACGUAGACAUGACGUAAACAUUGUAUGACACCUGGCGUAUGCAUCCAUGUUGUGAGUAGCCUACAGUGUUGUAGUGAGUGCAGCCUCCAUUUUGUGUAUCUGUGCUAUGCUGGUUUCACUUCCUGUGUCUCUUUGACAGGUUGUGUCACCUGGACGUCGUGACAUCAUUCAGCGUUUAUAUCAGGUGCAUUGCAGUGUUUUUGCGGGUAAUGCGCAGGCCAUACGCGCACCAAUUCAGAUGGGUGUGUUCAAAUCAUACAGACAACUAAUGUUUUUAAGAUAAAGACAAGGAGACAAGCCAGGGGAGAAUAGUGUAAUUAUUUCUAUGACAAAACAUGUAUAUUUUUGAACUGUACUGGGCAGGGAGGGAGGCAUGGGCGAACUAGAAAACAGAGAAUGAGCUAUAACUAGAAGAGGAGGAGUAGGAGAGGUGGGCAGGAGAGAAGAAAGCAAAGAGAUUUCAACAUAGGAAAACUGUAUAUUUUUAUAUUUGCAAAGACAGACAGUUCAGAGGAGAUUUUGGAAAUAAUAUUUUGUAUAUUUUAUAUAUGGGUGAGUUUAGUAGAGAGAUAGGGGCUAUAUGAAGAUGUUUUAACAAUAGGGUAGAUGGAUAAAUGAUAUAUUUUGAACUUAGAAGCUGUUAAGAUAGAGGGGUUAGAGGUCUGAGGUCGUAAUAGAGAAUGUAUAAUGGUUGUAUCCAGGGAUAACAUGGCGGCGAGAGAGGAGAUGUAUCUUAGUUAAAGAUUGUGGACAUAAACAGAUAGAAGAUUAAAUAAUCAUUGUAUAGUUGUAAUUUUGUUCUUGUGGGUUCGUUCAAGCACUUAAAGGGAUGUUUUUUUUUUUUUUUUACUUCCUAUUCAUCAUCUCCAGCACCUCCCCAACAUCAACAAAUGUGAAAAUGGUGCGUUUCUAUGUUUUGUAGUAAAAUAGAUAGAGGAAGGUAAGUGUUUCCAAUUAGAUCAUAAACCAGUUAGUGGACAAUUAGUAGGCAAUUAGUAGGCAAUGCCUACUCAUAAUUGGUUAAAAUCACACGAUGCACACCGAUGAUGUCAUUGGAGGAAACACUUAUCUUAGAAACACGCAAUUUUCACAUAUGUUGAUGUUGAGGUGGUGCUGGAGAUUAUGAAUAUGAAGUUGAAAAAAUUUGAAAUUGUCCUUUAAAGGGCAAUUCCACCACUUUUCAUCCUCAUAAUCAUCAUCUCCAACACCAAACCAGUGUCUACAUAUGUGAAAACAAUGCGUUUCUAUGAUCUGUGGUUAAAAAGAUAAGAAGAAAGGUGCAACAAGUUUCUAGCCCAAGUGAGGGUAUUUUCUUGCUCCCCAUGUCACCGCGAAUCUCAGUGUUUGAAAAUCACUGUUUUUAAAAUGUUUAAACUUUUGAUGAUGUCAUCGGGUAGAACUUUUUAAAUGUAUAUAUUUUUUCUACAAAACUUAGAAAUGUGCUGUUUUCACAUACAUUGACCCUGGUAUUGUGCUGGAGAUAACAAAAAUGAAUUUGAAAAGUGGUGGAGUUGCCCUUUAAUUUUUUAUUAAUUUUUUAUUCCUUUAUUGAAUAAAAUGUUUUUAAUUGUGUGUCUGGCAGUGAGGGAGAGAGAGAGAGAGCGCGAGAGAGAGAAAAUUAAUUGAAAUGCUACAGUCAGUGAUCUCUCACGAGAACAGCUGCAUCCACACAGAUGUUUGUGAAUAAAUAUUGCUCAAAUGUGUUGCCAGGUAUUCAUGUAGAUGGGUGAAUAUGUUUGGCUCAGACACAAACACAGACACACACACAUCGCAAACAAACAUGGCAAGCCACACAGUCUAAUAAGCUGGAUCAGUGACAACAUAUGCAUUUUUACAUUACACACACACACACACACACACACACACACACCUGCAUGUACACACACACACACACACACUCUUAUUUGUCCCUGAAAGCAAGCUGGACCUUGAAACACAGGGCCGGUGUACGAUAGCGCACAAGCAGUCAAG